AUGGACCGACCGACCAAGCUUCCUUCCCCCAUUUCAUCCAAUCAUCAACCAACCAGCAAGAAUGUCAAAUCCUCCACCAGUGCACAGUCCUCCCCGCUCAGAACAACCCGAAUCACCCCCAGAGAAAAUAAAGUCCCCGGCUCCCGAAAUGGCAAAUGUAAUCAAACCGCGCGCACGAAAAGCUGUACCAAAUGA